AUGGAAGAUUUACAAGAUUGCAACUCCAAAAGCCUUGUUGCUGUUCCUGGUUCUCUAGUUCUGCACCUCUUCAGGCUGUUAGGUCAGCAGGAUAAUUCCUGGCAGAAGUACGCCUUGGCUUACUUUCUCUUGGUCAGGAAUGAGUACUUCCCGAGGGAGCCAAGGAAAAGCUCUGCUGUGAAUGGGCAACUUGUUCCCUGCUGUGAUAGUUCAGAUUUGGGGAGUAAUGAACUGGAAGUGGAGAAGCAGAAUGCUGUUGUCAAGAGCCAAUCAGGAGGUGAUUCCAGUUCCAAUGGAUCAAAUGAUUGUUUCCUUCCAGGCCUUCAUGAUGAUCUGGCUCAAGACUGCCUUGCCUGGACAAGCAGAUCAGACUACCCUUCACUCUCUUGUCUGAACAAGAAAUUCAAUACGUUGGUUAACGGUGGAUAUCUGUACAAGCUGCGGAGGAAAUAUGGCAUUGUUGAGCAUUGGGUGUAUCUGGCCUGUAGCGCUAUGCCCUGGGAAGCAUUCGAUCCGUCGCGAAACCGGUGGAUGAGGCUCCCGAGAAUGCCAUGUGAUGACUGCUUCUCCUGUGCAGACAAGGAGUCACUUGCUGUUGGGACACAGCUGCUUGUCUUUGGCCGAGAAUAUACAGGCCUUGCUAUUUGGAUGUACAAUCUACUGACACGCCAUUGGUCUCGCUGCACUCCGAUGAAUCUUCCUCGCUGCCUGUUUGCCUCGGGAAGCUCUGGUGAGAUUGCCAUUGUUGCUGGUGGGUGUGAUAGGGACGGGCAGGUGCUGAGAUCUGUGGAGCUAGGCAUUCUCUGA